AUGAAAACUGAUGAUCACCGAAGUCAGAUACACAUGAUGUACCGUGCGCUCGGCAUUCGUCCAGUGGCACCGGCUCCACUGAUUCAACCGGCGCUGACCUUACAGAGUCCAAGGCCGCACACCCCUAUGGUAGUUCACGAAAAAACCCCGGCGAAGAUUGCCCUUCCAAUGCUGCUGAGCGACUCCUCUGGCGACGGAUCUUAUCUUGCGGGAAAAGAGAGCGUUGGCACGCUGAACAUGACCCCACCAGGCUCUCCGAGAACUCGCACCCUCACCUCUGUGUCUUACAUGCACCACCAUGCGCACCUGGCGACAAGCGAACUUUCAGUUAGCGUCUUAGCGGCAAGCGCUCUAAACUUUGCGGCGGCGUGGCGCACGGAGGACAGCAUGUGCACGGCGCAAAGGAAUCUCAUUUACUGCUGUUCGAAGGUGCGGCGUGACUUGGAGCUAGAGGAGGCAGGCAGCCGCCACCGACUGAGCCAGCUGCUGCUGACCGUGUCGGAACAGAUGCACCGAUUUGUGGUGAUGGGCGAGUACAGCAAAUUUGUUGUCUUCUGCGUCGAUCAGGAGCCCGUGUGGCGCCAGGCAGCUCGCCAGCUUCAAAAGGAGAAAGAGGCGCGACUCCGCACGACCAAGAACAUCUACUCCCGUUUCCUCAUGGAAGAAGUGGCUCUUUCGGAGAAGUUGUGCAUGUUUCAGGAGGCCUCCGACUUUGUCGUGUCGCAGGGCUAUGCGGCGCGGGAGCAGCGGCAGCGUGCCCAGAUAGGCGCGGUAAGGCGCCGCUGCGACCGCAAGUCGGCGCCCCAGGUGACGCCUGUGCCGUUCGAACCUCAAUCGCAUCUGCACCAUCCUCAACACAAUAAUGAGAGCAAUCCUGCCGCCUUGGCAGGCGGCUGGACGCCGCCGCAACUGCAGAGGCCUCGCGACGACUCCACGGAUAGGCGAUGUGGGAGCAGCAAGGAACAAUUCUCGGAAAAUGCGAAGCCGCUCUCUGACACGAAGGUGGACCGGUACAGGCAGCGCUGGCAAGAGAUAAUCUGGGUCCUUACCAACGGUGAGCGGGGAAAGGCGGCGCCGCACUGA